GGCACCGCAAAAUGCGCACCGGUUUUUAAAAACCAGUGCGAAAAAAAUAGGCGGAAAUGAGGGCGAGACUGUUCGAACCGGUGCGAAAGCUAUUGUAAAAAAUAAAAAAACAAACCCGGCCAUUUUUAUCUUCUUUCUUUAAUUUCUUUUUCUGUCUUCUUUCUGAAUUUCUCUUUCCUCGAUCUCUCCUCCUCUCUCAUCUGCCUCUCUCUCCUCAAACAAACCCUAAUCAACAAAGAAAACGGGAAGUAGACGAAGAUGAAGACCUAGAUUGAACAUCGUUCUUAGCCUAAAUUCGGUGAUGCUGUUCAUGAAGAAUUCGGCACUCGUCAAACUAUGGUUUCUAUUAAAGAAAUCGGCCUUGAACGACUUACUGCUCCUAGUUUGCUUCGAUUUCGCUUCCUUGUGGUUUGGAUUUUGUUUUUUUUGUUGUUCUUAAUUUUGAUCUUCGUUGCGAUUGAUGAAUUGUUGGUUGAUUUUGUUGUUGUUGUUUUAGGGUUGUCGAAUCUGGCUGUGUUAUUCAUGUGUUAUUGGAUUGAUUUUUAAUGGAUUUACUCGUGAAUUUGUUCUAUGUUUGAGUGAUUUUUGCCAAUUUAGGUUAAUUGGAAGAAAUUAAGGGUUUCCUGAUUUCUCGAGGCUGUUUGUGGAAUUUUGGGGGAAUUAGAGAUAGAUAGGGGUUGCGGUGGUGGUUUCGUGGGUGCGGUGGUGGGUGUGGUGGUUGCGGUGGUGGUUUCGUGGUUGCUUGGUUGUCAGUUUUAUUUGUGGUUUGAAUCAAAUGAAUUCUGAUGUUUGAUGUUCUGGUGAGUUGCUUACAUUUUAUACUUAACCUAAUGAAUGUAGAAAGACUAAUUUUUAAAUUUAGGCUUUUAUACAAUGUCUUCUCUUUGUAUAUUGUUAGUGUAUGAAUGAAAAUAUGUCAUUAUAAUUGGAAUUCAGAGCUAUGGACCUUGCGAUUGCACAAGUAUCUCUGAUUUAAUACUCUUUCAUUGGUUACUUAUACUAAUAGCUCAUAAUUUUUUUGAAUAUUUCCUUUUUUUUAAAAUAAUACUUGGAAGUUGUUUUUUACAACUAUGUGGCUAGGAGACAUGGACUCAAUAUUUCUGAAGCUUUUACUAUGUAAGUUUGUAUGUUCCUUGGGUGAGUUGGGUCAUAGUUUUAAAAUAAGUGCAUUUGUUCAUGGAGAAAGGAUUUAUUUUGGUAAGUAUUAUAUUAUUCUUCUAUGAAUUUUUUUUCUUUCCAUUUUUUAAAAAUUUCAAGAUUAUUGUUUAUUUUAAUCUGUGGUUAGGUACUUGAUGCCUCGUGCUUGUAUAAUUCUCUGCUUAUCCAAGGGAAUGUGUAGCUUUUUGUAAUUUCAUUUCUUAAUUUUCCAAUUUCAAAUUUCUAGAAGUAUACAAUUUUUAAAACUCUGUAAUUAUUUACAAUAUUUUGCAUGACAAGAUUGAUUCAACAAAUCAGCAAUACAUGAUUCUUGUGUUCAGAAUUAAUUUUUCUGACAAACUCAUUAUAUUGUUCCUAUUGUGCUCCCCCCCCCCCCUUUUUCUUACUGUGUACUGCUGUCACAUUCUUGGGACACUAGCUUUUUUCUUUGAUUUUGUUAGUGACAAAUAAUCUUUUGCAGCUGGCCUUUGUGUGAUUGUCUUAUUGCUUUCUACUCGGCUGGCGAUCCUCUUGAAAAAGUUGAGGCAUAUGCAGCUUUAAGGAAGUAAGUUAUAAAUUUUCCAUAAUUCUUUAGGACUCCCUCCAAUCAAAUUUCCAUGAAUUCAUUUUCUUAAUUGCUUUUUGUUAAUUAGGAUCUAUCUAUUUAUUUACUUAUAUAUUCAUAUAUGUCGUUGGAACUUUGGAUGGCUUAUGAUUAGGACAUAGGGAAUGAUAAUGAUUAUUAAUGAAUAUGAGGUGAAACUUGCAUGGAUUGUCUGAUAUGGAUGUGUGUGUUUUUCCACUACCAAUCAUGACUAACAAUUUAUUGAAGAAAAUCACUUGUUUAAAAGUAGACAUGCACUAAUUUGACAACCAUGUGAGCCUUCCAUGCCAAUCAACACAAAUUGCUUUAGGAUUUCCCCAAUUUUAUUACCUCAUAGCAUUUCCUUGUAUCAGUAUGGGAUGGGUACAGUAGUUGCAUUAUAAUGCGGUAAGAGCAUGUAUGAAAUAUGCUUGCUAAAUAACAUGCCUACUUCAGCUCAGGCUUCUUUCAUGCACUCAAAUGUUUUAGGCCCUAUCUAAUUAAUGAACUAGAGCCACAAUACCUGCUGCACGACAAAAGGAAGGUGUAUGAUGCAUGAAUUACUGUUUUAACAACGCAAAAGAAAUAGGAUGAUACAAUUCACAACGCAAAAGGAGUUGCUGCUAGGAUAUUCUUAAAAAGGAUAAUACUAAGCAUGUGAUAUACUGAAGAAACUUUUGUCAUGCAUCAAAACUUGCCUUCUGCAGUGUUAUGACAAAUUUCUAAUGAAGAGUCUUCAGAAGGCAGCUGAAGUGGUGGGAGUUGUGUCUUGGGGCAGAGCACCUAAUAAUUCAGGUUCUUAUAAUUCUUGGCCACACAAGACAGGUUUUUUUCGUGAUGGUGGUGAGUAUAUCAGGUUUUAUCGUAGAUUUUUCCUUAAUUGGUAUUCUAAGGUUCUGAUUGAUCAUGUAGAUCGUGUACUUGCCAUGGCCAACCUAGCUGUUGAAGACUUCCUUAUUGCUGCAAAGCUGUUUGGUAUUUAUUGGUGGUUCAAGACAGCCAGUCAUGCUGCUGAGCAGAGUGCUAGGUACUACGUUUUAUCCCAUCGUGAUGGCUAUGCUUCGAUUGCAGCAAUGUUGAAGCAACAUGAAGCUGCUCUCAACUUUACAUGUGUGUAACUAUGCACAGUGGACCAGCAUGAGUCUUAUCCAGAAGCACUAGCAGACCCUGAGGCAUGUUUUAUUUCAGGUCUUAAAUGCUGCAAAGGAUGUGUGCAUACCAGUUGCCAGUGAGUGACCUUGUAGACUUCUACUUUGUGUGUGACCUUGUAUUUUAUUUUAUUUUAUUUUUUUGGACAAAAAUUGUAAUAUUACAACUUUUUUUAAUGAAAAUAUGUAAC